AUGAAAAACAAUGAAGAGUGGGAAAAGGAGAAGAUUUACGAUCGCCAGCUACGGCUAUGGGGAGUAAAGGCACAAAACCGAAUGAUGAAGUCGAACGUGCUAAUACUUGGGUUAAGCGGUAUCAACAUAGAAAUAUGCAAAAAUUUAAUCCUUAAUGGAAUUAACAUAACCAUAAUUGAUGACAAUAUAGUGAAUGAAGAAAUGGUUGAAAAUAUAUUUUUUUUGAACGAAUCCGACAUAAACAAUUAUGCAUGUGUACCUAUUUUUAAAGAAUUGAAAAGUAUAAAUAAGAUGAUAAAUAUGAAGGCAUACAUUGGGAGAAUGGAUACUUCGAAUGACAACAUAGUUAUUGACAGCGAAUUGGUACAGAAGGAAGAUGGAGAAAUAAGUAACACACCGACGGGAAAAACAUUCAGCGUAGAGGAAUACAUAAGCACGUACACCUCUGUUUGCGUCUCUUGUGAAGAUUACCCUUUAUACAAAUUAGUGAAGAUGAACGAAUUUUGUCACGACAAAAAUAUCGGCUUUUUCGCUGCAAUGUGUAAUGGGAAAUUCGCUUUUUUGUUUUCUGAUUUUGGCAAUCACGUGAUUGAGGAAUCGUAUUAUAAGGUGAAUGAAGGGCAAAGGAAGGGUGAGACAGGUGCGAACAAAGCGGCGAUGCAAAUACAGUAUUGUAAAUUGUCCCACUUUCUCAAAGUACCUUUUGAAAACUUUGACAAAAAAACGAACAAAAUUAUUUACCCCAUGUUUGCUCUAAUCCUAUUCGAACAAAAUAAACAACUGAAUAAAAACGAUAAAUCGAUUGACGAACAGGAAUUUCAUACUUUUUGUGAUCAAUUUAGCCUCUCAAAAUGGAAGGAAAGUUUAGUAGAAAUAAGCAAGACUUAUAGGGUUGGCUUUUCACCAACCUGCUCCAUCAUGGGCGGUGUAACUUCGCAAGAAAUUCGCAAAUUCGUGUCCAAGCAGCACGAGUCCAUCCCCAACUUUUGCGUUUUCGACAUGAACCAAAACGUCGUCUGCACAUCGAUGAUUUCAUGA